AACAGUUGUAUGUACUUGGCUUUCCAUAUCGAUCGUUGCCAUCAAUAUCCAGGUAUAUACGUCAGUGUUAAGAGUCCAUUGCAACCAACGCUAGCUAUACAUAUUUCCUUCCUUCUUGCUCAUUUCCCAUUCUGAUUAAUGGCCAUUACACCUGAUGAACAGAAACAAGUAAGCUUCCUUAAGACCUGCGUUAAUGGCAUAAACGCCCUUUCAGGGAUUGGGAUACUAUCAAUUCCAUAUGCACUCUCAUCAGGAGGCUGGUUAAGCUUGAUCCUCCUCUUUCUUAUUGCAACUGCAGCUUAUUUCACAAGUCUUCUGAUUCGGCGAUGUCUGGAUACAAAUCCUCACAUCAGAAGUUACUCCGACAUAGCUGCUCAUGCCUUUGGUUCCAAAGGAAGAGUAGUUGCUUCUGUUUUCACCUCUUUAGAGCUAUAUCUUGUUGCUACAGGCUUAUUGAUAAUGGAAGAGGACAAUUUACAUAAGCUCUCACCACACUUUGUAUUGAAACUUGGAAGCCUCACUCUAGAUGGGAGGCAUUCUUUUGUUAUUCUUGCAGGCCUCAUAAUAUGGCCUUCUAUGUGGCUAAGUGAUUUGGGUGUCAUGUCAUAUGUGUCAGCUACUGGGAUUCUAUCUUCUGUUAUUAUAGUUGUUUGUGUUUUUUGUGCUGGUGUAAGUGGAGGGGCAGGAUUUCAUGGCAAAGGAAGGCUUAUUAAUAUGCAGGGAAUGCCUACUGCACUCAGUUUGUACACUUUCUGUUAUGGUGCUCAUGCGAUGUUCCCUGCUAUUUACAAUUCAAUGAGAAAGAAAGACCAGUUUUCAAUGGUGUUGCUUAUAAGUUUUAUACUAUGUACCAUCAACUACUUUUGCAUGGCCCUAGUGGGUUACCUCAUAUAUGGCCAGAAUGUGCAAUCUCAGGUGACACUGAAUCUGCCUGUACAAGAGGCUAGUGCCAAGAUAGCAAUAUACACCAUAUUGGCAGGUCCUGUUGCCAAAUAUGCUUUAACAAUAACACCAAUUGCCACUGCAAUUGAAAGUUGUUUGCCGCCCAAGUAUCAAGAUUCUAAACCAAUUAGUAUUAUAAUCAGAACAUCUUUGCUAAUUAGCACAGUGCUUUUGGCUUUGUUAUUUCCAUCUUUUCAGUCUGUGACAGCCCUGAGUGGAGCAGUGUUGGUUGUGUCCGUCUCAUUCCUGCUCCCUUGCAUCUGCUACUUGAAGAUUUUUCAAGUGUAUCGGAACUGGGGAGUUGAGCUGGCAGGUAUACUCAUCAUAAUUUUAAUGGCAAUUUUAGUUGGAACUUUGGGAACAUAUUCAUCUAUUGCUCAGGCUAUAAAGCAUACUGAUAUUAGUGGUGUUUAAGCUUAAGAGGAGCACAUUUGAUUGGUGUUUAAGCUUUAAUUUUUCUG